UUUAAAAUGGGACGAUGGGGCCGACAAAGUCCCAUACUAGAACCGGAGCCACCACCACCGGCAUCACCGCCACCAUUGCCACCGCGCCAUCAUGCCUUUAUGCGUCAAUCGAGUUUUACGAAAAUUGGCAAUAUGCUGAACACGGCCAUGAAUGGAACCAAAAAACCUCAAAGUAAUGGAGAAGCUAGUUGGUGCUUCUCACAAAUAAAAGGAGCCUUAGAUGAUGAUGUAACUGAUGCAGAUAUCAUAUCCUGCGUUGAAUUUAAUCACGAUGGUGAGUUGCUGGCAACUGGUGAUAAGGGUGGACGUGUCGUUAUUUUCCAGCGUGAUCCUGCAUCGAAAACGGCAAAUCCACGACGUGGUGAAUAUAAUGUCUAUUCGACAUUCCAAUCGCAUGAACCCGAAUUCGAUUAUCUCAAAUCAUUAGAAAUUGAAGAGAAAAUCAAUAAAAUUCGAUGGUUAAGAAGAAAAAAUCCUGCACACUUCCUGCUUUCGACCAAUGACAAAACGGUUAAAUUGUGGAAAGUCAGCGAGCGCGACAAAUCCUUCGAAGGCUAUAACACGAAAGAGGAAAAUGGCCUAACAAAGGAUCCACAAAAUAUUACCGCCUUACGAGUUCCUUCUGUUAAACAAAUCCCUCUUAUGGUCGAAGCAUCACCCAGACGCAUUUUUGCCAACGCCCACACCUAUCACAUCAAUUCGAUUAGUGUUAAUUCAGAUCAAGAGACUUAUUUAUCGGCAGAUGAUUUACGAAUUAAUCUGUGGCAUUUGGAAGUUACCGAUCAAAGUUUCAAUAUUGUCGACAUCAAGCCGACAAAUAUGGAAGAAUUGACCGAGGUGAUAACAGCAGCUGAAUUCCAUCCAACCGAGUGCAAUGUCUUUGUGUACUCAAGUUCAAAGGGGACAAUACGUUUGUGCGAUAUGCGUUCGUCGGCAUUGUGCGAUCGGCACAGUAAACAAUUCGAAGAGCCCGAGAAUCCAACAAAUCGUAGUUUCUUUAGCGAGAUCAUUAGUUCAAUAAGCGAUGUGAAAUUAAGUAAUUCAGGUCGUUAUAUGAUCUCAAGAGAUUAUUUGAGUAUUAAAGUAUGGGAUUUGCAUAUGGAGACAAAGCCCAUUGAAACGUAUCCGGUCCACGAAUAUUUGCGGGCUAAGCUAUGUUCUUUGUAUGAGAACGAUUGCAUUUUCGAUAAAUUCGAAUGUUGUUGGAAUGGCAAAGAUACCUCAAUAAUGACCGGCAGUUAUAAUAACUUUUUCCGUGUAUUUGAUCGUAAUACGAAAAAAGACGUUACCCUAGAGGCCUCCAGAGACAUUAUAAAACCGAAGACGGUGCUAAAGCCACGUAAAGUUUGCACUGGUGGCAAACGAAAAAAAGAUGAAAUCAGUGUUGAUUGUUUAGAUUUCAAUAAGAAAAUUCUACACACCGCUUGGCAUCCGCAAGAGAAUAUAAUCGCUGUGGCAGCCACCAAUAAUUUGUUCAUAUUUCAGGAUAAAUUCUAGCCUACAUUCAUUUAUUAUUAUUACUACUACUAUUACUAC